UGACCAAGAUUGUAUGGCACGCCCAGCCGAAAGCCUCUUCGGUCUCAACAGGUCCCCGGGACCUUCUAACGACGCUUCACCGGGUGGUGUCAUGUCUCCCGUACCACCCGCGGGAAUACUGUUAAGGUCUGCCGAGAGAUACCAGAGAACGCCGAAGUGUGCUAGAUGUCGAAAUCACGGAGUGGUGUCGGCCCUGAAGGGACAUAAACGAUACUGUAGAUGGAGAGAUUGCGUCUGUGCUAAAUGCACCUUAAUUGCCGAAAGACAACGAGUGAUGGCGGCUCAAGUAGCCUUAAGGCGACAGCAGGCUCAGGAGGAGAACGAAGCGCGCGAGCUGAGUUUGUUAUACGGUUGCCACGAAGGACUUUUAGCCAUGCAUCGGGCGGGCUUUACUUUUUCGGCUGCCAUGGCUCAUUUACUGUCUGGAAGGAAAGGGCAGACUUCGGGUGAUGACGAGCCUUCGCCUAGUAGCACCGCAGAUACCAACGAACCCGGUGAGUAAUCACUUUGAUGUAAUCAAUAUUCGAUUUUGUCUAGCCGAAAAAUCCUAAAGAAGUUCUCUUCGAGUGGAAAAUCGAAAUCCGGUUGGAGUAAAGAUCAAAUUUACAAGAUUUUCGCCAGUUGCACUAAAGAAAUUGCUCACAAGUUAACAAAAUAGAACAGGCUAUUUAUAUUCGUUUGC